CGGUAGAUGCGGCGCGGCGGUGCGAAGUGAAGGCGAAGAGUCCUGCGCUGCGUUAGCCGCGGGAGACUGGGGUUUCUCGAACCGCUGCGGUAUCUGAAGAGGGAUGGAAAGGCCCACCUUCCUUGGGGGUUUCGUUUUGUCACAGGCCUCCUUUUUCCAUUGCGGAUGUUGAAACUUCGGUGCAUUAUAAGUUCUGCGGAAGUCUGAAAGACCCCUCCCUUAGAGCAGGAGUCCAGAUCUUACGUAAAAUGGAUGUUUCUCACGCUAGAUACUGAAUAUUAAGUAGAAAAUCUGUUUAGUAAAAUCUAAGCUGCCAUGGAAGAAAUACCAGUAAAAGUUGCUGUAAGAAUUAGACCUCUGCUGUGCAAAGAAGUUCUUCAUAAUUAUCAAGCUUGUGUGAGAGUUAUUCCAAACACGCAACAAGUUAUCAUUGGGAGAGAUAGAGUCUUUACUUUUGAUUUUGUUUUUGGCAAAAAUUCCACUCAAGAUGAAGUUUAUAAUACCUGUAUAAAGCCACUAGUGUUGUCACUCAUUGAGGGCUAUAACGCAACUGUUUUUGCCUAUGGACAAACUGGAUCUGGGAAGACAUACACCAUUGGAGGAGGCCAUGUUGCUUCAGUUGUGGAGGGUCAAAAAGGUAUCAUUCCUCGUGCUAUCCAAGAAAUAUUUCAAAACAUCUCUGAAAAUCUUAGCAUUGACUCUAAGAUAAAAGUGUCUUAUAUAGAAGUAUACAAGGAAGACCUAAGAGAUCUUCUAGAAUUGGAGACAUCUAUGAAGGAUCUUCACAUCCGAGAAGAUGAAAAGGGAAACACAGUGAUUGUUGGGGCCAAGGAAUGCCAGGUGGAGACUGCAGAUGAAGUGAUGAGUCUCCUGGAGAUGGGGAAUGCAGCCAGGCAUACGGAUACCACCCAAAUGAACGAGCACUCCAGUAGGUCACACGCGAUUUUCACAAUCAGCCUUCGUCAAGUGGCGAAAAAUAAAGAGGCAGCUGAAGAUGGACCGUGGUAUUCCCAUCAGCAUAUUGUCUCAAAGUUCCACUUUGUGGAUUUGGCUGGAUCAGAAAGAGUAACCAAAACAGGGAAUACUGGUGAACGGUUCAAAGAAUCCAUUCAAAUCAACAGUGGCUUGCUGGCUUUAGGAAACGUAAUAAGCGCUCUUGGGGACCCACGCAGGAAGAGUUCACAUAUUCCAUACAGGGAUGCUAAAAUUACCCGGCUUCUGAAAGAUUCCCUGGGAGGCAGUGCCAAGACCGUCAUGAUCACCUGUGUCAGCCCAUCCUCCUUGGAUUUUGACGAGUCCUUAAAUUCUCUCAAAUAUGCCAACAGAGCACGCAACAUUAGAAACAAACCCACCUUAAACUUCAGCCCUGAGUCAGACCGUAUGGGCGAAAUGGAAUUUGAGAUUAAGUUGCUUCGAGAAGCUUUGCAAAGCCAGCAGGCUAGUAGCAACCAAACUAGCCAGAUCCAUCGGGAGGGGACUCCUGAUAAAAAUAGGAUCCAUUCUCUUGAGGAGCAAGUUGCUCAGCUACAAGGAGAAUGUUUGGGUUACCAAAAUUGUUUAGAGGAAGCCUUUACCUUCCUGGUGGACUUAAAAGAUUCUGUCAGACUAAACCAAAAUCAGCAACACAAACUGCAGGAGUGGUUUAACGUGACCCAGGAGGUCACCUCAUUCAGAGGACACCAAGGCAUUGGAAACCUGGAAGAAGGACCACAGCAUAUUACAGUUCUCCAGCUGAAGCGAGAGCUUAAGAAAUGCCAGUGUGCUCUUGCUGCUGCUGAAGUAGUAUUUAAUCAGAAGGACCUGGCAGUGAAGGAACUAAAGAAUCAAAUGCAAAUGAUGAUGCAGGAAAACAAAGGACAUGUUAUAUCUUUGAAAGAAGCGCAGAAAGUGAAUAGGUUGCAGAAUGAAAAAAUAAUAGAACAACAACUUCUUGUGGAUCAACUGAGUGAAGAACUAACAAAACUUAACCUGUCAAUGACUUCGUCAGUUAAGGAAACUUGUGGAGAUGGGCCAGAUGCCAGGAUACCUGAAAAGAGACCAUAUACUGUACCAUUUGAUACCCGUUUAGAGCAUUAUAUUUAUAUUCCAGCAAGAUCAGAUUCCAGGAAGGAAUCCUGGCCCCCACUCUUGCUUGGACUGGUUACUGCAGCAGACAUGAAGACUUGCAUGGAAAGACGCAAAGCCUGCCAAGACUUGUUCAAGUCCUGUUUCCUGUUCCAUUGUUCUAGAGUCUACACAAGUCCUUCUGUAUACUCUCUGGAUCGACUAGUUGCUGGAUUUCGAACACGAAGUCAGAUGCUGCUGGGUCACUUAGAAGAGCAGGAUGAAGUCCUCCACUGCCAGUUUUCUGAUAACAGUGAUGAUGAAGAGUCAGAAGGCCAAGAGAAAUCUGAAAUUAGACAUAAAGGUUGCUCGUGGAUUCAAAAGCCAGGCUCUGUUUGUUCUUUUGUUGAAUUGAAUGAUAUUCAGGAUCAAACACAAAAGUCAAGAUUGGAGAAUGAAGAUUUAAAGAUUGAAUGUCUCCAGGAGAGUCAAGGGUUGAAUUUGCAAAAAUUAAGGAAUUCAGAGCUCAUACUUACUGAAGCUAAACAAAAAAUGAGGGAACUUACUAUCAACAUCAAGGUGAAGGAAGAUCUGAUUAAAGAAUUAAUUAAAACAGGUAAUGAUGUCAAGUCUGUAAGCAAACAGUAUUCUCUGAAAGUAACAAAACUUGAACAGGAAGCAGAACAGGCGAAAGUGGAAUUAACUGAAACGCAAAAGCAGCUAGAGGAACUGGAAAACAAAGAUCUUUCUGAUGUUGCUUUGAAGGUAAAAUUACAGAAGGAAUUUCGUAAAAAGAUGGAUGCUGCGAAGCUAAGAGUCCAGGUCUUACAGAAGAAGCAACAAAAUAGUAAGAAAUUGGCAUCACUGUCGAUCCAAAAUGAGAAACGUGCUAAUGAACUAGAGCAGAAUGUAGAUCACAUGAAGCAUCAAAAGGUACAGCUGCAAAAAAGACUUCAAGAAGAAAAUGAGAAAAGGAAGCAACUGGAUGCAGAAAUUAAGCGGGGUCAACAAAAAAUCAAAGAACUACAGUUAAAAACAGAACAGCGAGAAGGUCUAAAACUGAAAGCUGAGGACCUUGAUGCAUUUAAGAUGAAAAGGAGAAAAGGUUCGUUUGGAAGUAUAGACCAACUCCAGAAAUUGGAUGAGCAAAAGAAAUGGUUAGAUGAAGAAGUAGAGAAAGUUCUGAACCAACGCCAAGAAUUAGAGGAGCUGGAAGAAGACUUAAAGAAACGGGAGGCCAUAGUUUGUAAGAAGGAGGCCCUGUUACAGGAGAAGAGCCAUCUGGAAAAUAAGAAGUUACGAUCUAGUCAGGCUUUAAACACAGAUAGUUUGAAAAUAUCAACUCGCCUGAGCUUGUUGGACCAAGAGUUGUCUGAAAAGAAUGUGCAGCUCCAGAACAGCACAGCUGAGGAGAAAAUAAAGAUUUCAGAACAAGUUCAAGCCCUCCAGAAAGAAAAGGAUCAGCUACAGAGAAGAAGAAACAGCGUGGAUGAGAAACUUAAAAAUGGUAGUGUGUUAUCACCUGAAGAAGAACAUGUUCUUUUCCAACUUGAAGAAGGGAUUGAAGCUUUGGAAGCUGCAAUUGAAUACAAGAACGAACAUAUCCAGAGUCGCCAGAACUCACUCAGAGCGUCACUUCAAAAUCUCUCUCAUAGUGAAGAAAAUGUCUUAGAAAAACUAAUCUGCCUGAGUCCUGUUGAGAUUAGAGCUAUUCUUUUCAGAUAUUUCAAUAAGGUGGUUAAUCUGCGAGAAGCUGAACGGAAACUACAGUUACAGAAUGAAGAAAUUAAAAUGAAAGUUCUGGAACGGGAUAAUGUGGUUCGUGAGUUGGAAUCUACACUGGAACAUCUGAAAUUGCAGUGUGACCGGAGACUGACCCUUCAGCAAAAGGAACACGAGCAAAAAAUGCAGCUUCUGCUACAUCAUUUCAAAGAGCAAGACGGGGAAGGCACUGUGGAAACUUUUAAAAAUUAUGGAGAUAAAAUCCAGCAGCUGGAAAGAGAGCUUUAUUUCUAUAAGAAAACCAGCAGAGAUCUUAAGAAGAAACUUAAGGAAUUGGUAGGGGAAGCAAUUCAGCGACAACUAGUACCAUCAGAAAAUCAUGAUGCUGGAAAUGGAGUACAGAACCCAGAAGAAGCAGGCAUGGUUUCAGAAGAAUUAAAAUGGGCAUCCAGAACUGAAAGUAUAAAAUUAAGUGGAAGGGAAAGACAAUUGGACAGUUCCACAAGCAGUUCAAGAACACAACCAAAUCCUCAGAAGCUCUGGGAAGAAGGCACAGAAUUACCACCAAUUUAUAGCUCUUUAGCACCCACUAGUGGGCAUUUGUUAAGCAAUGAGGCCAAAACAGAAAGGGAUGGCAAUCAGUUUACAAAAUCUCACAGUCGACCAACACCCCAAAUUCAGCCAGUAGGAAAUGUGGCACAGUUGCAUACUGUCACACGUGUAAAGUUGUGUCGCAAAGAGUUACGUCAGAUUUCUGCCUUGGAACUGUUGUUACGAAGUUCCAGUCUUGGAGUUGGGGUUGGAUCUAUGACUGCUGAUUCCAUUGAAGUAGCUAGGAAAAUGAGUGACUUAAAAACUUAGGCAUUUAAUAAGAAAAAUUUUAAUUUAGUAGGUGGGUAAGAUUCCUUUUUCUAAUCUGUUAAAAAUUAAAGCUUAAGCUCACUAGCUGUUCCCUCAGGAUAAAAGAAGAAGGGGAGGAAGUAAUCCCUAAUCCUUUUGUAUACCAUGGAUAUGUAUAUCUUCUAUAGUAUAUUUGAGGAGUUUUAAUUUGUAUUUCCAUAAUAACCAAACACAUGCUUUAUCAAGUAAUGGAACAUUUAAAUGUUUCCACUUCUAAAUUUGCUUAAAAUUUUUUCCAGGCAUAUUUGAAGAACAAAACUAAGAGUAGAAUAAUAAACUAAAAUAUCCAUUAAAUGUAUAUUAUUAUAUAAUAUAAAAGUAUAUUAUUAAGUAUAUUGUUAUAUUAUAAAAGUAUGUUA